UUUCCGUCCACCCCUCCCCAGGAAGUCAUUGGUACAGUCCGCCCCUCUACAGCCGUACUGUGCAGUGAAGGGAGCGCCGCUCGGACGGAACCAAUAAUGCCGAUGUGCGGGGGUCUCGGGGGGGUGAAAUCUGCCACCUCGGAGGUGCAGGAGAUCUGUGAUCAGUUCAAAGCGGAGGUGGAGCAGAGAUCCGGGAUGAAUUUCAGCACUUUUGAGGCCGUGGAAUACAAGACUCAGCUUGUUGCCGGAACAAAUUACUUCAUCAAGACUCACGUCGGAGACGAUCAAUAUAUACAUCUGCGGGUCUAUAAGAAGCUCCCGUGUUACCAGGAGGAGAUGAGCCUCACCGCCUUCCAGCUGGGCAAGACCAGACAAGACCACAUUGUCCACUUUGAACCCACCAACUGA